CCAACUAACAUCCAAUCCUAAAACUACUACACACGAUAUGGCGUGUAAGAUCGUAAUUGCCUUCUCUCUUCUGCUCCUUUCUUCGAUCAACAUCUCUCUGGGGGGAGAAAUCGCCAUAUAUUGGGGCCAAAAUGGGGGUGAGGGCACUCUAGCCGACACUUGUGCCACCAACAACUACAACAUCGUAAACAUUGCUUUCUUAACAACGUUUGGCAGUGGCCGGACUCCGGUCCUCAACCUCGCCGGCCACUGUGAUCCUGGUAGUAACCAGUGCACUGGCCUGAGCGACGAGAUCCGAGCCUGUAAGAGCCAAGGCAUCAAAGUCUUGCUUUCCAUUGGUGGUGGCGCCGGAAGCUAUUCCCUUUCCUCCGCAGAUGAUGCCAGGAAUGUGGCACAGUAUCUGUGGGGCAACUAUCUUGGAGGGCAGUCAGGGUCAAGACCACUAGGGGAUGCAGUCCUUGACGGAAUUGACUUCGAUAUAGAGUCCGGCGGCGGCCAAUUCUACGACGAAUUAGCCAAAGCAUUAAAAGCGUUUGGAACAAACGUCUUAUUGACAGCGGCGCCGCAAUGCCCAUUCCCCGAUCAAAGUCUGCAAACCGCCAUAAACACCGGCCUCUUCGACUACGUUUGGGUGCAGUUCUACAACAACCCUCCCUGUCAGUACAACGGCGACGCCACCAAUCUUUUGAACUCUUGGAACAAUGACUGGUCAACCAUUCCCACCGGAAAACUAUUCUUGGGUUUGCCAGCGUCCCCGGAAGCAGCCGGAAGUGGUUUCAUUCUGGCAGAUGUGCUAACUUCUCAGAUUCUCCCGGCUAUCAAGGCCACACCCAAAUACGGUGGCGUAAUGCUAUGGUCUAAGUUCUAUGACAAUGGCUACAGCUCCAAGAUCAAGCCUUAUGUCUCUAUGGUUACUCAAAACUAUAUUACUUCAUAUUUGCCGUCCUCUAGCUAAAUACUAAAUGUUUGAGAUCAGAUCGGAUGUAACAUAAUAUUGUACUAGCUAGCUUCUACGUACUUAUGAUGGAUUAUAUUCAUCACAUCAAAUAAUAAUAUAAUGCAUCUAUAAUAAAGCUAGCUUGCUUUAA